GUAGCCAACUCAAACCACAUGUGCAUCCAAACACGACAGCCAUUCGGCUCGCAUUGGUGGAUCCAUCGGGGUCGUUCGUGUCCAGUGCAAACAUGAUUGGUCCGACCUGCCAAGAUAUGGACGUUCGUUUUGAUCCACCAUCCCUGAACGCGAGAUGACCAGAGGCUCCUGUUUCUUCGUCUAGGAUGGGACGUGCAUCUACAUAUGAUAUCGUGACGAACUCCCCUUGCUUCUGUCUGCAAAAAGGACUGUCUCUGUCACUAGGUUGGAGUCGAAUCUCCAGACAUGUUCCCUUCCAACUCCUAUCCAUCUACGCCCGCAAGAUGUCCGUCUUGAGCACACGACACUCUGCAAUCACAGUGAGCGACACCCCUUACACCCGUGCACGCGGCCAAUCAACCCCUGAACGUCGCCCUCAUCUCUUUCACCGUCGCCAUCGCCUUGAAGCGAAGCCACCGUCUCCAACAACGAAUCAAUCCCCUCACGACCGAAAUGAUUGCGGCUCGAGAAGGAGAAGGGUAAAAGCAGCCUCAAAGUCUGUGUGUUUCGAUUCCGCGGUAUCUCAAGACACUCGGAUCUCGCUGGCUCUGGCUCUGCCCCGGCACAGUCGAUCAUUAUCAUCUCAUCAAUUGCACUCUCGAGAAGUCACCGAACAUGCAUGUGCUGGGACGAUAACACCAUCUCAUCCUUCAGCAGAUAAAGCACAGCGUUCAACUACCGACUUUACGCCUUUCAUUCCACACUCGCUCGAUGCAAACAGCUACCAACAACCUAACAAACCCUUCCCGCUUCUCUUUCCUUUCCUACCCGCACCACCAAGCACAAAAGACCCCCAAACGCCCCUCGCAGUCGCUCGUAUCAACCCAUCAACGCGCUCUCAAUAACCUUCAUUAAGACUGACUCAAAAGCAUCUCCAUGGUCCAUACACAUCAGAAAAAUACGACCUUUCCUUUCCUAAGUAUACGCAAAUCCUCAACACAGAAAAAGUGGUGGGGAGAGGGGGGGGGGGACAUUUCAAAAACCACCCGAGACUUCUUUCCGCUUCUUUUGUACACGGGCACCACCACAGAACACG